AUGGCGUGCCGAGAAAUAGGGCCGGUGCCCUUCUGCGGGGCGGACGCGUCGGCGCUGCGGCCCUUGCGAAUUCAUGAGCAAUUAGCAGCAGUUCCAACGAGCUCUGCUAACGAGCAAACGGUAGAAAAACUGGAAUGGAGGCGGGCGCUGGUGGGAUCGUUUGUUUUACGAACUGCAUGGCUGCAGAGAUGUCGUGGCGCAUUGUUCGCGCGAUCGAAUUCAUCGCCCUUGGCAGUCGCAGUUCGAAUUCCGCUGCACGUACUU